AUGGAGCUUCGCCGUAUCUUUCCUGUCUUGGUCCUGCUCCUUCUCUUCACUUCGCUUCUUCCCCUCGCUUCCUCUCGAGAAAUACUACAGUCGCAAGCAAAAGGUUGCUCAUGUAGACCAUGGCUCAGCUGCAGCAAGAAGUCGUGGAACGAGGUGAAGGGAAUGACGGCGCAGGCGGCUCGCGAUUACAUCGAGGCCGCCACGCCGCAGUGCGACCGAGAGUUUGUGACGAUCAAGAGUGGGUCUUAUUUUCCCGCGGUAUAUUUCGCCGAUCGCGUUCAAAUAAUUGUGGACAAUAACGGGAUUGCUUUGGGUGCAUGGGUUGGGUAA